AUGCUUCAUGUUGAUAGAGUUGAUAGUUUACUUGCUGAAAAAGUUCAUAUAUCCGCUUCAGGCUUAAAUCCAUUUCAAUGUUACAAAUUUCAGUUAAGAUUGAAUUACAAACAUGGGACUCUACAAUCUUACUGUGUGAUACAAUCAGAUAAAGAUGGAAAAAUAAAUCUUGUCAAAGAUAAACCAAUACGGGGAACUUAUCAUGGCAAGUGCAUUCAUGUGAAUACUAUCAGAGAUUGA